AUGGGUUACCCGGACGCCAAAAACAACGAAGCCGUUGGCCCGAACCCUCCCUGCCCAGCUUGCUUCGAUAUGACUGCCGUGACAAUUGUAGGUGGACACGGGAAAGUAGCCCUGCUGUUGGCUAAGGAGCUCACUGCGAAAGGAUUCCAGGUCAAGUCGCUAUUCCGCAACUCCGACCACAAGGCGGAUGUGGCUAAAACCGGCGCCGAUACCCAGGUUUUCGACAUCGAGAGCGCCAAUGUCGACGACAUCGCAUCCCAGUUCAAGGGCGCCGACGCAAUAGUGUUCUCCGCCGGGGCCGGUGGCGGCAACCCCUCCCGGACCUAUGCGAUCGACCGCGAUGCCGCAAUCCGAACCAUGAAGGCAGCUGAACAGGCCAAUGUCAAGCGUUACGUUAUGGUCUCGUAUUUGGGCGCCGGCCCCAACCACGGUGUUCCCAAGGACAACGGGUUUUACGCCUAUGCCGAAGCCAAGGCUGCUGCCGACACUUUUUUGCGCUCGACAAACCUCGACUGGACUAUUCUCAUGCCCGGCAUGCUUAGUCUUGAGGAACCCACUGGCAAGAUUGAGUACAAUCCGCAAAAAGAUAAGCGCACCGCCGUUUCGCGAGCCAAUGUUGCUCUGGUUGCUGCCGCCGUGCUUCAGGCACCCAAUACCGUCCACAAGGAAAUCCCGUUCCUGGACGGCGACGAGAAAAUUGCAGAUGUCAUUUCCCGCAUCUAAGUGCUGCAUAUGCAUAUGCACAAUGCCGUCGUCGCUAUGCCAAAAUGGUCAAUGGCUCCACCACUGCGCCGCACUCGAGUAUAUACUGCAAUAUACGAAGAUGUCUCGAUAACUACGAAAAAAAGCAAUUGUCUAUUUCAAUAAAUCGUGCCCACUCGCUCUGGAACCUUCCCUGUACAAUUAAUCAUCAUUGUACGAAUUUUUUUUUCAGCUUAUAAGAUA